AUGGCUGAGCACUCCCCACACUGUGACCUCAAGACCCACUACUUCUUGAAGCUGACGGUCUGCUUCCUGGUUUACAUGCUGUUUGGCACCGUGGUCUUUUCGGCCAUCGAGCAGCCGUGGGAGGUGCGGAUGAGGAAGGAGUUGGACGAGGUGAAGUCCAGGUUCCUGGGGGAGCACGGAUGCCUCCAGGAACCAGAAUUGGACGCUCUCCUGCACAGGGUGCUCACUGCCAGCAACUAUGGUGUCUCGGCCUUGAGAAAUGCUUCUGAUGACCGCAACUGGGACCUGGCCUCUUCCCUCUUCUUCGUCAGCACUGUGCUUACCACCACUGGUUACGGGCACAGUGUCCCCUUCACCAACGGAGGGAAAGUCUUCUGUAUGUUGUACUCGGUGCUGGGAAUCCCCAUGACCCUUCUGCUCCUCACCGGCCUGGUGCAGCACCUCAUGUAUUAUGUGCACUGGGUGCCCAUCGCUUAUAUCCACACCCACUGGCGUUUGCCGAUGCCUGUGGUGGCACGGAUUCAUGCCCUCGUGAUUGGGAGCAUCGUGGCCACCUGCUUCUUCCUGAUCCCGGCGGCAGCGUUCAUGGCUCUGGAGAAGGGCUGGGAUUACACUGAAUCUCUCUACUUCUGCUUCAUCUCUCUCAGCACCAUCGGCCUGGGGGACUACGUCCCAGGGAAGUCCCGCUACCCCAGCCUCCAGCACCUCUACAAGGUCGGCAUUGCAUGUUACCUGGUGAUCGGACUGGUCGCUCUGCUGGUGGUUCUCCAGACUGUCUACGAACUCCAGGAGCUGCAACAUUUUGUCAAACUCAUCAUGGGCCAACCGGACAAGGAGAGUCAACUGCACAUCACUGAGCAGGAGGUGGCCAUCACCAGCUCGAACCUAGACACCACGGAUUGCAAUGAAAAUGCCAGCGAGGGUGGCAAAGAGGACAGGGACCCCAAGAAGACAUCUGAUCCCUCCCCGGAGCAAUGACCUCCGAGCCAGACCACUGCACACCAUUCAAUCAACCAGACAUCUUCAACUCCCUCACAUGCACGGCAAAGCCAAGAAGAGAUAGCUGAGAGGAUGGGUACAGACAGACAGUCCCAAUGGUACUACACCAGGAAACAGAGCUUCAGUUGAACCCCACGAGUUCUCUUACUGUUCUGUACAGGGGCAUCUUCUGGCAAGUGUACAUGCCCCGUUUUACAUACACAAUGUUACAGUCUUUUUUUUUUGGAAGUUCAAUAUUGUAUGAAAUUAUAAAUAUAUAAAUAAUAAAGAUAA